AUGGGCAGCGCCCUGGAGCCCCCGGGGGCGGGCCUGCACCUGGGCGCCGCCGCGUCCCCUGUGGGCGUGGCCCGCGUCCUGCGGCUAGCCCUGGGCUGCGCGACCUUCAGCCUGGCGGCCCACCGGGGAGGCUUCGCGGGCGUCCAGGGCACCUUCCGCAUGGCUGCCUGGGGCUUCUGCUUCGCCCUCUCCGGCCUCGUGGUGGCCUGCGAGUCCACCCGGCUGGACGGCUGCCCGCACCUGUCCUGGGGCGACUUUCCAGCGGCCUUCGCCAUGCUAGCCACGCUGCUGUCCGCCACAGCUGCCGUCCUCUACCUGUACUUCGCCCAGCUGCAGUGCCCCCCCGAGCCUGAGGGCUGCACGACCAGGGACUUCCACCUGGCAGCCAGCGUCUUUGCGGGGCUCCUCUUCCUGGCCUAUGCCGCAGAGGUAGCCCUGACCCGGGCCCGGCCGGGCCAGGUGGCCAGCUACAUGGCCACGGUCUCGGGGCUCCUGAAGAUCGUCCAGGCCUUCGUGGCCUGCAUCAUCUUUGGGGCCCUGGUCUACGACAGCCGCUAUGGGCGCUACGUGGCCACCCAGUGGUGUGUGGCCGUCUACAGCCUGUGCUUCCUGGCCACGGUGGCUGUGGUGGCCCUGAGCGUGACGGGCCACACAGGGGGCCUGGGAUGCCCCUUCGACCGUCUGGUGGUGGUGUACACCUUUCUAGCCGUGCUCCUCUACCUCAGCGCGGCUGUGAUCUGGCCUGUCUUCUGUUUCGACCCCAAGUACGGGGAGCCCCGGCGGCCCCCUGACUGCCCCCGAGGCAGCUGCUCCUGGGACAGCCAGCUGGUGAUGGCCACCUUCACCUACGUCAACCUGCUCCUGUAUAUCGUCGACCUCGCCUACUCCCAGAGGAUCCGCUUCGUGCCCAGCCUGUAG